UUUUUAUUUCUGCGUGUAACCACAUAGAGAUUUUGUCGUUACUACUAUAUAUAAAUACCUCUAAUAACAAUCACAGUGAAACUAUUUGAUUUAAUCUGCCAACAGAUCCAAUUACUUUUCUCUUAGAAUUACACCUACCUACUACUGCUACCUAUAACCAAGCCACAUUUUGAGAUUGUACGCAUUUUUAUUUCAAAAUGUAGUUAUUUGUCAAAAUGUAUUCAAAGAACAAUUGUACAAUUGCAUGUUGCUGCCAUUGAUGAGCAGCCAAAAAUCAACUCAAACUGCAUGCACUUGAUUUAAGAAAUGAAUAGCUCAGAUUGAACUGAUUCAGUUGCAACUGAAAUUUUUAUUUCACUUCCACUGAAAAUACAUAAAAAAGGCUAUUUAUUAUGACUGAAAGCGCUUAACACAUUCUGUGUGAGGAACAAAUGAUCAUUUGUAAAGAUUUAAUUAAAAAUGCGAUUUACUUAAAUAUAUUUUUAAGAUUUUUAAUUGAACAUUAGAAAAAUGUUGAAUUCGAUAAGCAAAUAAAAGGUACUCUUCAGACAAUGAAUUAAAAUAAAUUACACCAGGAAUCCAAAAUAAAAAGGCAAAUUAAGGAAAAUACGAAGUUUUUCAGCCGUUUUCAAUGACGUGACUGGCUCUGUUAAGCUCGGUUCCUCUCCUGUUCUCUUUCACGUCCGCAGUUCACAGAUAUAGGCGGUGCUUCAUCCAUGUAGCUCUCAUUAUCGCUUCAGACUUUUCUAGAACGAUACCACCAUGAGCGGCAGAGGAAAAGGAGGCAAAGGACUCGGUAAAGGAGGCGCCAAGCGUCACCGUAAGGUUCUCCGUGAUAACAUCCAGGGAAUCACCAAGCCCGCUAUUCGUCGCCUGGCUCGCCGUGGUGGGGUCAAGCGUAUCUCCGGUCUCAUCUACGAGGAGACCCGCGGUGUGCUCAAGGUCUUCCUGGAGAACGUCAUCCGUGACGCCGUCACCUACACCGAGCACGCCAAGAGGAAGACCGUCACCGCCAUGGACGUGGUGUACGCUCUCAAGAGGCAGGGCCGCACUCUGUACGGCUUCGGAGGUUAAACUGCUCCGUCAUAUUGACAAAACAACAAAACGGUCCUUUUAAGGGCCACACACA